AUGACUUUUCAGCUGCAACCGAUCAAACGGCUUGUCAGAAGCGAUCAGCGGGUCUCAGCACCGAUCCCGUCUCAUCGCCACAUCACGCAGCAAGCUUCACCUGCUCAGGAGACGGAAAAUGUCAGGCUCAUGCUGAAGCUGGCCGCGACCAUUCGGCAGCGCGAUCCAAGUCCCGCCCAGCCGCGGAUGCCAAGUGCGUCGAGUGGAAGAUAUACUUUGACUGCUUGCAGGGUCUUAUGACCGCUGCGCGUGCUCACUGCUGUAGCGAACACUUCCAUGCAACAGCUCGUCUGAUGACGCGCAGCUGGGCCGAAGAAGCCCAAGCCCGGGCAGAAGCUGCUGCGUCUGGAUCUGCAAGCGAACGGUCUGAUACGGAAAUGCUGUCUGACAUCGACGAUGCGACCGAAGAGCGCCUGCUGCGACCGAAGCGUAUGCACGAAUCCCUGGUGGAGUUGAGCUUGCCGUUUGCCAGUCAGGCGAGUAUACCAGCGUGCCUUUCAUUCUGCCAACGGCGGAGGCCGCGCUGAGACUGCCUCACACCUGCUUGCAGCCCGAGAUUCUGGAGCGGUACAUCGCCACAUCUGGUCUCAUCCGGCUGGGCAAGAUCUUCGAAGGUGAGACGAAGAGGCGCAACUGAUGGCUCUCUGGCGCGCCCGAUAGCCCUAACUCCGACCAUGCGCAUCAUCUCCUCAAGAUCUGGACAAUCUCGCAGGAGACAUAAGCUACACGCACGUACUUCAAGGUCGACCGAAAGCCGGCGAGCAGUCUCGCAUUCCCAUCUUUAUCGUGACGGCCUCUGUCGACAGGCUGGACUUGCUGCAGCCGCUGCGUGCAGAUCGAGAUUACAGGCUGCGCGGUGGAGUCAUCUACGUAGGAUCCUCUGCCAUGGAGGUGCUUGUGACUGUUGUUGAGCUCGGUGACUCGGGCUCCGAAACCAUUUGCCUGACCGGCAGAUUCACCAUGGCCACUCGCAACGCCAAGACUGGCAGAUCACAGCGCAUUGCCCCGUUACUGCUCGAGACGGAAGAGGAGCAGAAGUUGUUUCAAAUGGGAGAAGGUGAGCGACAGCCUUUCGUGAUGCAGCAGCCAGCUAGCGUGAACCUUUUACACCACAUGCCUGUCGCUGAUUGGUGCUAUGUUCACCUCCUUGAAGAUCACAAGAAGCGAAAGCGCGCCUUUAGCGAGACUUCGCUGGACCGUGUGCCGCCCACGCGAGAGGAAGUCGCUCUGCUUCACACGCAAUGGCUUCAGGCUUCGAAGGUGCAAAAUGACACUGACCUUCAGCACGUCAGAAACACUGCCUUGACAUCGACUCAGCACAUGCAUCCGCAACAGCGCAACGGCGAGUAG